CCGUGGCCGCGCCUUCUCCAUGGCCGCAGCUCGUGUCCCGCUCUGGGCAGUCUGUGUGCUGCGGGUGGCGCUGGCCACAGUCUACUUCCAGGAGGACUUUCUAGAUGGAGGUGAAGGGGAUCCGCCGGUGGCGGAGGCUUAAGCUCCCUCAUACCCCAGUGCCCAACGGAUGGCCCAAGUUGCCAUUGCCCCCGCCUGUCGCCGAGGGAUCGGUGGUGGCAAAACCUCGAAGCUUCGAAGCCUCGGGGGCCCCUAACACUCCCCACCAGCCAAAUUAACAGUUUUCAGCCCUAACCGGUGUUAUUUACCCCCAACAGAGCGCUGGAGGAACCGAUGGGUGCAGUCCACCAAUGACUCCCAAUUUGGGUAUUUUAGACUCUCGUCCGGGAAAUUUUAUGGUCAUAAAGAGAAAGACAAAGGUUAGUGUAGGAAUCGUGAGAAAAUCAAGAUGAAUGUUAAACCCCCCAUAGCAACCUUUCAAGGUAGGUGUGGCACAGCCCUAACACCCAUUUCACAGGUCGGGAAACAGGCAUGGGUAAGGUCUUUUUGUCUUCUCUCUUUUCUUGACCAAGAUACCCCCUCUUCACAAGCACUAGUCAAAUGGGUUUGGAGAGCCGAGGGUCUUGCCCUACAGAAGGAAAAAGUUUAGAAGGUACUUCUCAUUUUUAUUUUCGCGUUAAAAAGAAAAACAGGGUAAAAGUUAUAUGCCGUCAAGCACACGGAUCUUUGGGGGUCCAAUAGGAUGAAUGUUUACAACUGCACACCGAGGUCAAGAUAGGAACGUUUUCAGGCCCCACCUCCACCCCCAGAGUCGUCUCUUCUGGCCUACCCUCCCCCCCAAGUCAGUAGUCUCCAAGUACCAAGGAUAACCUGUAUUCUGGCUUCUCAUUCCUGAUGAUCAAAGGUCUGCAGACCACUCAAAAUAGCCGAUUCUACGCCAUCUCUGCACGGUUCAAACCAUUUAGCAAUAAAGGGAAGACUCUGAUCAUUCAGUACACCGUGAAACAUGAGCAGAAGAUGGACUGUGGAGGGGGCUACAUUAAGCUCUUCCCUGCAGACGUGGAUCAGAAGAACCUGAAUGGAAAAUCCCAGUACUAUAUUAUGUUCGGACCCGAUAUUUGUGGAUUUGAUGUCAAGAAAGUUCAUGUUAUUUUACAUUUCAAGAAUCAGUAUCACUCAAACAAGAAAUCAAUCAGGUGUAAGGUUGAUGGCUUCACACACCUCUACACUCUGAUUUUAAGACCAGACCUCACUUACGAAGUGAAAAUUGAUGGUCAGUCGAUUGAAUCCGGCAGCAUAGAGUAUGACUGGCAGCUCACAUCACUGAAGAAAAUGGAGAAGGCUUCAGCAGAGUCUAAGGACUGGGACCAGGCUACAGAGGGCAAAUCCCAGGACUGGGAGAAGCACUUUCUGGAUGCCAGGGCCAGCAAGCCGAGUGACUGGAACAGCGAACUGGAUGGGGACUGGCAGGCGCCGAUGCUGCAGAAGCCUCCAUACCAAGAUGGCCUGAAACCAGAGGGCAUAGACAAAGAUGUUUGGCUCCAUCAGAAGAUGAAAAACACCAAUUAUUUGACGGAAUAUGACCUCUCAGAAUUUGAGAACAUUGGUGCCAUCGGACUGGAGCUUUGGCAGGUGAGAUCCGGAACCAUCUUCGAUAACUUCCUGAUCACAGAUGAUGAAGAGUACGCUGAGACUUUUGGCAAGGCCACCUGGGGUGAAACCAAGGGCCCAGAAAGGGAGAUGGAUGCCAUACAGGCCAAGGAAGAAGAGAAGAAGGCCCGAGAGGAAGAUGAGGACGAGAGGACGAUGGGCAGGUUUGGUGGGAGAGAAAAUAUCUUCAAAGAAUUCCACAAGAGGAAUGAACUUUAAUCAUCCCCACCCCAGAUAAAGAUGACUGGUAAAACCUUGUUUCUACUUUAAUCAACACUUAAAAGCUCAAAUGUCUACAUACGUGGUCAUUUGUCUAAUUUUCUUUGAAAAAUGUUCCCAUGCUUCUCGGUGGGAUCGGUCUGGUUUUCCCCGAGCACCUUCCACCCCCUCCUCCCUUACCCCAGGUACCCAGAGACGUUUCCUUUGGACAAACCGAAGUGCUGGAGGAAGCCCGAGGCCAGUGAGAGUCUGGCCAAAAACACAAUGCUCUUUUCUUAAUCCCCCAAAUGUUUUAUAAAUAAAAGGUGGUAAAACUUACCUUGAAAAA